UUUGUCCCAGCUCAGUGAGUGGAAUGUUUGCAUAUGAACUUCUAAUCAAACACUGACCCGACGACCUUGUUUGAGAUAAAUAUCCCACUGAGUCGAACUGCUCCUCAUUCUCCGAGAGGACGAGACCACAACUGGUGGCUGGAGCAACAUGGUGCCAUCACUUCUCACAACAGCAGGAGCUCUUCUGUUACUCUUCUCCUUCUCUUCUGCACAACUCAGAGGAGACAGCUCCCCGACGUGCACCCUAAAUGACGGCUUUGGAAAAUACUGUCCCACCACAUGCGGCGUGGCUGACUACCUGCUGCGCUACAGGCCAGGGGUCGACAGGGAUUUGAGCAGUUUGCAAAGAGAGCUGGAAACCAUCACCAAUCUGACCCAGGGGGCCGAAGAACAAAUCACCCACAUGAAAGAUUCUACUGCUGCUGCUCAAAAGAGUUCCCCACAAGACACUUACUUAAAAAAGUCGUCGAGUAUGCUGGAUGAUGUGCUUCACUUUGAAAAGACCAUCAUCGCACAAGAACAACAAAUAUUUGAAAUUCAGAAUCUGAUCUCAUCUAACGAGAGGAGAAUGGUGGACCUGAAGCAGCUCUCCAUCCAGCUGCAGCAGAAAUGCUAUGAGCCUUGCACAGACACGGUUGAAAUCCAACCCACCACAGGAAAAGAUUGCCAGGACAUUGCAAACAGGGGUGGGACCACCAGCGGUCUUUACUUUGUGAAGCCCGAGAAAGCCACUGAGCAGUUCCUGGUCUAUUGCGAGAUUGACAGCUAUGGACGCGGCUUCACAGUCAUUCAGAGGAGACGUAACGGCAAAGUGGACUUCAAGAAGGACUGGAUCCAGUACAAGCAGGGCUUCGGUUACCUCUCCCCAGACGACACCACCGAGUUCUGGCUCGGCAACGAGAAGAUGCAUCUGCUGACCACCGCCAGCCCCGUCCCCACUGUGCUGAGGAUAGAGCUUGUUGACUGGGAGGGAAACAAAAAGUAUGCAGACUACAACAUGUUCAGAGUGGGGCCAGAGGUCGACAUGUAUCGUCUGACCUACGGUUACUACUUGGGCGGUGACGCCGGAGAUGCUUUCGAUGGCUUCGACUUUGGAGACGACCCCAGUGACAAGGUCUACACGUUACACAACGGCAUGCAGUUCAGCACCUUCGACAAGGACAACGACAAGUACGACGGCAACUGUGCUCAACAGGACGGCUCCGGGUGGUGGAUGAACAGAUGCCAUGCUGCACAUUUGAACGGCAAAUACUACGAGGGUGGCAGAUACUCAGAAAAGGAUGCAGGUGAAUUUGGCUUCGACAACGGCAUCAUUUGGGUCACAUGGCACAACCGCUGGUACUCCCUGAAAGAGACGACCAUGAAGAUCAUUCCCAUGAGCCGCCUGGCAGCAGGCGACGGACAGCAGGCAGGUGUGAAACAGUUUGGAGGACUUUAAUAAAUAAUUGUGUUCCAUACUCAGUAUAUUCAGCACAACAACCCUGAAAUCAUCCCAAAUAAAAUGUUUCCAUGGGAAA